AUGACUAGCAGAAAUCCUAUCAGCACUCUGGCAAACGGCCAGCCUAGCGACAAUCCCGGCUCCGUUCAGCAAGUUCGCUAUGGAAACACGAAUGGCGGACUUGUCGUCCUCAGUGACACGCAGACAAUUGAAGUCCUCGCCCAUUUCGCCCGCGAGCGCAUCCCGGAAAGAAGCGUUCAUGCCAAGGCCGCAGGUGCCUUUGGCGAAUUCGAGGUGCUGGACGAUGUGUCCGACAUAACGGACGCCAAGUUCCUCACUGGAAUUGGCAACAAGACGCCUAUUCUCACUCGCAUGUCCACCGUCGGUGGUGAGAAGGGCUCUAGCGAUACGGUCCGUGACGUGCGCGGAUGGGCGACCAAGUUCUACACGGAAGAAGGCAUCCAGGACUUUGUCUUCAACGACUUGCCCGUCUUCUUCAUCCGAGAUCCCAUCAAGUUCCCGUCCAUGAAUCGUUCGCACAAGCGCCAUCCCCAGACCAACGUGCCGGACAACAGCAUGUUUUGGGACUUCCACGUCAACAAUCCCGAGGGCAUCCACGCUCUGAUGCAUUUGUUUGGCCAGCGCGGCAUCCCGGCCUCGCUCCGAAACAUCAAUGGCUACGGUGUCCACACCUACACUCUCAACAAAUCAGAUGGCAGCUACGUCUAUGUGAAAUGGCACUUCAAACCAGAUGACGGCAUCAAGACGAUGGAUGCAGAUACUGCUCUCCGUCUCGCCGGUGCUGAGCCAGACUAUCACGUAAAGGAUCUGUUCCAUGCCAUCCGGACGGGCAAUUUUCCCAGCUGGACCGUCUACGUCCAGGUCAUCCGACCCGAAGAGGUCAGCUCGGCCCCCAUCGACAUCUUCGACAACACCUUCACCUGGCCGCACGCGCUCUACCCCCUACGCCGCAUCGGCCGGUUCACUCUUAACCGGAACCCGAGCAACUACUUCCAGGACAUUGAGCAGGCCUGCUUCUCCCCCUCCAACAUGGUACCCGGCAUCGGCCCUUCCGCCGACCCCGUCCUGCAGGCGCGCAUGUUCUCCUACCCGGACGCGCACCGGUACCGCGUCGGGCCAAACUACUUCCAGCUGCCGCCCAACAAGCCCGUCAACUGCGUGUACGCGCCGUUCGUGCGCGACGGGCCGGGCACCGUCAACGGCAACUACGGCGCGGACCCGGACUACGUCGGCUCGAAGCUGUGCCCCGUGGCGACGAGCAAGCGAGUGCAGAUGCCGACGCACGAGGCGUGGUCCGGGAACGUGACUGCGUUUGCGACGCGGUUUGACGAGGAUCGCGACUUUGUGCAGGCCAGGGAGCUGUGGCAAAUCAUUUGCGCGGAGCAGGGCGGCAGGGAGCAGUUCCUGCACAACAUCGUGCCGACGCUCAGGGAUGUGCCCGAGGAACUCAAGAACAAUGUUUUGGAUUACCUUGGUAAGGUUCACAGAGAGCUCAAGACCCUGCUGAUGGCGGCGCUGUCCAAAUGA